AUGUCCGAGUUGCGCUUUGAUAAUCAGACUGUCGUCGUCACCGGCGCCGGCGGUGGUUUGGGAAAGGCAUAUGCACUUUUCUUCGCCUCAAGGGGCGCAAACGUGGUCGUGAAUGACCUCGGUGGCUCUCACAACGGCGACGGCAGUUCAUCAAAAGCCGCAGACGUUGUCGUUGAGGAGAUCCGCGCCGCGGGCGGAAAGGCGGUCGCCAACUACGACAGCGUAGAAAACGGUGAGGCCAUUAUCGAGACUGCCAUUAAGAACUUCGGUCGUGUCGAUGUUCUUCUUAACAACGCUGGUAUCCUCCGGGAUGUCAGCUUCAAAAACAUGAAGGACCAGGACUGGGAUCUGAUCAACCGUGUGCACACAUACGGUGCUUACAAGUGUGCUCGUGCCGCAUGGCCUCAUUUCCGUAAACAAAAGUACGGCCGUGUCAUCAACACUGCCUCAGCCGCUGGUCUCUUCGGUAACUUCGGACAAGCCAACUACUCUGCUGCCAAGCUGGGCCAGGUUGGUUUCACUGAGACCCUGGCUAAGGAGGGUGCCAAGUACAACAUUAUUGCCAACGUUAUUGCUCCCAUCGCUGCUAGCCGUAUGACCGCUACCGUUAUGCCUCCAGAUGUGCUGGAGAAUCUUAAGCCCGACUGGGUUGUCCCUGUUGUUGCUCGUCUUGUUCACUCAUCUAACACUACCGAGACUGGUGGCAUUUAUGAACUUGGUGGUGGUGCAGUGGCCAAGCUCCGCUGGGAGCGUGCCAAAGGCGCUCUACUCAAGACCGACGAUUCAUUGACACCCGGUGCCAUCGCCCGCAAGUGGGCUGACGUGAAUGACUUCUCCCAACCCGACUACCCCACUGGACCUGCUGAUUUCAUGGGUCUCCUCGAGAGUGGUUUGAAGAUGCCAAGUGCGGCUAGUGGUGAGGAGCCCGACUUCAAGGGCCGUGUGGCUUUAGUUACUGGUGGCGGUGCUGGUCUUGGCCGCGCUUACUGCUUGCUUUUCGCUAAGUACGGCGCUAAGAUUGUUGUCAACGAUCUGGUUGACCCCGAACCCGUGGUUCAGGAGAUUAGAAAGGCUGGUGGUGAGGCCGUUGGCAACAAGGCCAACUGCGAGGACGGUGACGCUGUCGUCAAGUCCGCCAUCGAUGCCUUUGGACGUAUUGAUGUCCUGGUUAACAACGCUGGUAUUCUCCGUGACAAAGCUUUCACCAACAUGGAUGACAACCUGUGGAACUCGGUCGUCAACGUCCACCUGCGUGGAACUUACAAGGUGACCAAGGCUGCUUGGCCCCACUUCCUCAAGCAGAAGUAUGGCCGUGUCGUCAACACUGCCAGUACCAGUGGUAUCUACGGCAACUUCGGCCAGGCCAACUACGCUGCGGCCAAGCUGGGUAUUCUGGGUCUCUCUCGUGCUCUUGCUGUUGAGGGUGCUAAGUACAACAUCAAGGUCAACACCAUUGCUCCUAAUGCUGGUACUGCCAUGACCCGUACCAUCAUGCCCGAGGAGAUGGUUCAGGCCUUCAAGCCCGAUUACGUUGCUCCUCUGGUUGUGCUUCUUGGCUCUGAAAACUCUCCUGAGCCCGCCACCAAGGGUCUCUACGAGUGCGGUAGCGGUUGGUUCGGUCGCACCCGCUGGCAACGAUCUGGAGGCCAUGGCUUCCCCGUCGAUGUCAAGCUGACACCCGAGGAGGUUCUCGCCAAGUGGGAGAAGAUUGUCAACUUCGACGAUGGUCGUGCUGACCACCCCGAAGAUACCCAAGAUGGCUCUGCUCGGGUCAUGGCCAACAUGGACAACCGCGCUGGCGGCGAAUCCAAGAACGAGUUCCUGCAGAACAUCGAAUCGGCCAAGGCUACUUCUACUGAGGGAACUUCCUUCGACUAUGAGGACCGUGAUGUCAUCCUUUACAACCUCAGUCUGGGUGCCAAGCGCACCGACCUGCCUCUAGUGUACGAGAACAACGACCACUUCCAGGCCCUUCCCUCAUUUGGUGUUAUCCCCUGGUUCAACACUUCCGUCCCCUGGAACUUCGAUGACAUUGUCAAGAACUUCUCCCCCAUGAUGCUGCUUCACGGCGAGCAGUACCUGGAGGUCCGCAAGUUCCCUAUUCCCACCGCGGCCAAGACCUUGACCUACCCCAAGCUCAUUGAUGUCGUUGACAAGGGCAACGCUGCUCUGGUCGUGACUGGUUUCACCACCAAGGACGCUGCCACUGGCGAGGACCUGUUCUACAACGAGUCCACCGUCUUCAUCCGUGGCAGCGGCGGCUUCGGCGGUUCUCCUAAGCCCACUGCUGCUCGCCCCAAGGCUGCCACUGCUGCCUACAAGCCUCCUCAGCGCCAGGCUGAUGCCGUGAUUGAGGAGAAGACCUCCGAGGACCAGGCUGCUCUGUACCGCCUCAACGGUGACCGCAACCCUCUCCACAUCGACCCCGAGUUCAGCAAGGUCGGUGGCUUCAAGACCCCCAUCUUGCACGGUCUGUGCUCGCUCGGUGUGGCCGCCAAGUCAGUCUUCGCCAAGUACGGUGCCUACAAGAACCUCAAGGUUCGCUUUGCUGGUGUCGUCCUUCCUGGACAAACUCUUCGCACUGAGAUGUGGAAGGAGGGCAACACUGUCCUUUUCCAGGCCACUGUCGUCGAGACUGGCAAGCCCGCUAUUACCGGGGCCGGUGCCGAGCUCCUCGAGGGUGCUAAGGCUAAGCUGUAA